UCGACUGGUACUGCGUGGUUUACACUUAUCAAGCUACAUUUCUUGUUUUCUGUUAUUCGUGUAUAUUGGCGCAACUUUUGACAUUGACAGCUAGAAGGAUGCAAUCGGAAUCGGGGAUCGUAGCAGACUUUGAAGUCGGCGAAGAAUUUCACGAAGAACCAAAAACAUACUAUGAACUGAAAAGCCAACCUUUGAAAAACAGUAACCCGUCGGAGCAGCAUGGCUCCUCGAAGGCCCCGGCGAGCGUGUCAGCGAUGACCUCACGGGUGCUCCUGCGGCAGCAGCUGAUGAGGGAGCAGCUGGCGGAGCAGGAGCGGCAGGAGCAGCGCAGACAGAGGCAGGCCUCGCUCUUCCCCGGGCCCCAGACCCCCGCCAUCAACGUCAGCGCGCCCCCCGGCCUGGCCCCCGCCACGCAGGUCCCCAUGGAAGUGCUCAAGGUGCAGACCCACCUUGAAAACCCCACUAAGUACCACAUCCAGCAGGCCCAGAGGCAGCAGGUGAAGCAGUACCUCUCCACCACGCUGGGCAGCAAGCUCAGCACCCAGGCCCUCAGCCUGCCCUGCACCAACCAGCCCUCCGAGCACGGGAUGCCCCCCGGACCGGGCAACAGCGCCCCCAACAGCCCCAUGGCCUUACUGACGCUCAACUCCAACUGCGAGAAAGAGAUGGAUGAUGUCAUUGAUGACAUUAUUAGCUUGGAAUCAAGUUACAAUGAUGAUAUCCUGGGACUUAUGGACCCAGCACUCCAAAUGACCAAUGCGCUUCCUGUAUCUGCCAACCUCCUCGAUAUGUACAGCAGCCAGGGUUUGCCCCCACCUGGCCUGACCAUUAGCAACUCCUGCCCCGCCAACCUGAGCAACAUCAAAAGGGAAUUCUCAGUUACCCCAGCUCCUGCCAUGAUGCACGUUCUGGACAAACCUGGAUCCUGCGGCAAGUUCGAAAAUUAUCAGAGGCCUGAAGGCUUUCCCGUGGAAGCAGAGGUAAGAGCUCUUGCCAAGGAGAGGCAGAAGAAGGACAACCACAACUUAAUUGAAAGGAGACGACGGUUUAACAUCAACGAUCGCAUCAAAGAACUGGGAACCUUGAUUCCAAAAUCAAAUGAUCCGGACAUGAGGUGGAACAAGGGAACCAUUUUGAAGGCCUCUGUAGACUACAUAAGGAAACUUCAGCGUGAGCAGCAGAGAGCCAAGGAGCUGGAGAACAGGCAGAAGAGACUGGAACAUGCCAACAGACACCUGAUGCUGAGGAUACAGGAGCUGGAGAUGCAGGCUCGGGCUCACGGCCUGGCGGUGGUGGCCUCCUCGGCGCUCUGCUCGGCAGAACUCGCUGCCCGGGCCAUCAAGCAGGAGCCCGUCCUGGGGGACUGCAACCAGGACCUGUACCCCCACCAGCACCACUCGGACCUGAGCCGGCCCACCACGCUGGACCUGUCCGACGGAACCAUCAGCUUCAGCGACGGCAGCGGUGCGGACUCUGGUGCCUACAGCACCCCCUCCAAAGCGGCGUCCAAGCUGGAGGACAUUCUGAUGGACAACACCCUGUCGCCCGUGCAGGCCGGAGACCCCCUGCUGGGCUCCAUCUCCCACGACUCCGACGACAGCAGCCGGCAGAGCAGCAUCAGCAUGGAGGAGAACGACCGCGGGUGUUAGCGCUAGCCGCUAGCCGCUAGCACAAACUCUUACUAACGUUUUACGCCGUAACUCCUCUGCUACAGCACCCUCUGCUGGUGGCGGCAGGUAACGUCACUCCUUCGAAGUCCACAAUUACUGCAAAAAUGUCUUCCACACUCCCGAGUUGAAGGUUACAGAGUGAUGUUUUAUGCAAAUCUUUUUU